ACAGGGGAUGGGACGACAAAAGAAGAUACUAAAUAAGGAAUGGGAGAUAAGAACACUUUCACAAUAUGAUUAUAACUCAAAGAAUGGAAUUCUAGACAGCCAGGACGAUGAGCUGUCUAGUGAAGAGACAAAUUAUGGGCUUCUGUAUGAAGAUAGAGAAGAAGACAGCAAAGACUUAAAAAGCAGCAAAAAAGAAAAAAGAGCCUCAACCAGGAGAAUAGUGAAUAGGCCGGCAUCACAGCCGCAUAUAAAGAUGGUAGGUGGAGAAAACCGGCUGUGCUUUAAAUAUCCAACUAAAAUGUCAGAAGAAGGCAAGGGAGACACUGGAAUAGAAGAGGUGGAGUUUUCUAUAAAAUAUGACAUAGAAAACGUAGACAUUGACAAAAUGACUGAAAAAUUUAAAAUGGACAACAGUGUUUACCCACGGGCAAAUGUGCAGCAGGAAAGGUAUUUAGGAAACAGAUGGGAGUAUGAAACUGAGGUCAACAAGCUUGCAUGGAAGCUUACUGCCCUGAAUCCUACUCUUCUUUAUGGAAAGAAGGGUAUUGUUCAGCGGGCAGUUGACUCAUUCAGAAACCUACAUAGAUCAACUAGCUCAAGAAGAGUUGUUCGCAUGAAAAAAAUGAAUGAAGGAACUCUCAGAAAAAGACAGCCAGAGAAUAGCACAGUCAACUCACCUAGCGCAGUUAGUAUCACAUGGACACAAAAAGGUAUUUCUAAGAGGUGCAAGGUCAGAAUAGACAUAGAAACAAUUGACUAUGACAAGAUUGACAGUGACUUCAAGUUAAAAUACUCUGUUUUCAGCGGUGAGUUUGAUGACCAGUCGUUUGGGCUUGGUAAGUGGGAGAACAUGAAUGAGGAUAAUGUCUUAGCAGUAAAGCUGGCUUUUUUAAACGUAGACAACACCGCCUUUUGGAAUGCAGUAAAGGCCACUGACAAAGUGACAAUACUCAGAAAAGCUGUUGAGUCUUACAAGACAAAAAAGAACUAUGAACAGUCUAAAGAAGAGCCAUCUUCUCUUACAGAUAUGCAGCAAGAGGAUCUUUACUUUAUAGAUCCAUCUGAAAUGAACUAUAGAGAAAAGUCUUUUUACUAUUAUCUGUAAGAAUUCGAAAUAAACUAAGAUUACACU